GUCAUUCUUAUUUUCACCGAACGUUACAUGUGUUUGUAACAAUCUAACCAAGUGACACUCGAUUUGUGGUUACGAGAUAACAUGAGUAAAAUAAAGUGCAUUCUCUUGGCAUUCAUUAUCGGAUAUCUAAGCACAUGCGAAUCCCUGAAAAUUGCUGUGAUUGGUGCGGGUCCAUCGGGUAUUGUCAGUGCAAAGAGAGCUCUCGAUCAAAAGCACAAUGUAACGAUUUUUGAAAAAACUGGCACACUCGGCGGUGUAUGGUACUAUACAGAAGAAACUGACAAGGAUGAAUAUGGUGUUGAAAUUCAUAGUCCAACAUAUCGCGAUCUCAAGACAAAUAUACACGCGCAAUACAUGGCCUUCGAUGACUAUAAACAUCCAAAUGGAACACGUCCAUUUCUAUCACAUAAACUUGUAUUUAAAUAUCUGAAUUCAUAUGCCGACAAGUUUCAUGUAAGGGAACUCAUUCGCUUUCAUCAUUUGGUCGACAAGGUUGUUUUGAUGAAGUGCGGCAAAUGGCAUGUGACUGUUUUGAGAAAGAAUUUACCUAAAAAGAAACAAAAAGAGACUCAUGAAUUUGACGCUGUUCUCGUUUGCUCUGGCAUAAACUUUGAAAAACGAAUUCCAAAAAUUGACGGCGCCAGUAAAUUCAAGGGAAAAAUCAUGCACAGUCGAGCGUAUCGCAAACCUGAAACAUUCGUCGGUGAGGAUGUCCUGGUGAUAGGAAGAGGACCUUCAAGCCAUGACAUUGCAAGACAACUUUACGACGCCGAUGUUCGAGUUGUACAAAGCUCAUACAAACCCGUUUCUGCUCUGAAAAAACAAAUGGAAGCGAUGACAAUCGAUGAACCAAAUGAUUUUCAUGGUGAAUGCCAAACUGUAGACAGCAACCUUUCCUCAGAAUCUAGCAAUGUAAAACGCUUCAAAGAUGAAAAUCGAGUUGAAUUUGAAGACGGAACGUGUCAAAAAAUUUCCGUGGUUAUUUAUGCAACAGGCUAUAAAUAUUCGUAUCCAUUUUUGGAUGCAAGCGCUGGCAUUCAUGUCAAAGAUAAUUUCGUUGAACCAUUGUACAUGCACGUUUUGAACGUAGAACAUCCGACAAUGGCAUUCAUUGGCGUAGCUCAUGGUGGAUUACAUUUUCCAAUGUAUGAUUUGCAG